GUCCAGUUUCGAAUCCACUCAUCCAUCUUCCAGACCCUCAAGAUGCCUUUUGUCAAGACCCAAAAGAACGACGCCUACUUCUCGAGGUACCAGGUCAAGCCUCGAAGGAGAAGAGAGGGCAAGACUGACUACUAUGCCCGAAAGCGACUGAUCGCUCAGGCUAAGAACAAGUAUGCCAGCCCUAAAUACCGAUUGGUCGUCCGAAUCACCAACAAGCAGGUCAUCUGCCAAAUCGCCUACGCCAAGCUCCAAGGCGAUGUUAUCCUUGCUCAUGCCAGUUCCAAGGAGCUUCCAGAGUACGGUAUCAAGCACGGUCUGACGAACUGGACCGCUGCUUACGCUACUGGAUUGUUGGUUGCUCGACGAGCUUUGACAAAGUUGGGCCUUGCCGACAAGUACGAGGGAGUGACUGAGCCUACUGGAGAGCUUCAGCUCACUGAGGAGCUCGGAGAUGACGAGCCCCGACCUUUCAAAUGUUACCUUGAUGUCGGUCUUCGACGAACAUCCACCGGUAACCGAGUUUUUGGAGCUAUGAAGGGAGCUUCGGACGGUGGAAUUUUCAUCCCUCACAACGAGAAGCGAUUCCCAGGAUACGACCCUGAAACCAAGCAACUCGAUGCCGAAGUCUUGCAAAAGUACAUUGUCGGAGGACACGUUGCAGAGUACAUGGAGUCUUUGGAGGAGGAAGAUGACGAGCGAUUCAAGAAGCAAUUCGCCUCUUACCUCGCUGACGAGAUCAACUCUGAGGACAUUGAGGAGAUGUACACUUCCGCCUACGCUGCCAUCCGUGAAAAGCCCGAAUUCAAGGCUUCCGAGAAGGAUGUUGGAAAGUGGAAAUCCGAGUCUUCCAAAUACAGAGCGAAGCCACUCAACAAGGAGCAGAGACGCGAGAGGAUCGAGGCCAAGAUUGCCGCUUACAAAGCUGGCAAGGGCGCCGAGGACGACGACGACGAGGAAGAGGCAGAGGAGGACGACGAGUAGACUACUGGGUCUAUGCAUGGGGUUCU